CGCCUGGAUCUUUUAUUUUGAAAAGAUCACGAAACCGGAUAUCCGGCAUUCUGUUGUUGUGACUGCACAGCGCACUAGUGCUGCUCUCUUCAGGUGUAAAGGUCUUAUUAGAAAUCAGAAAGAAAAGAAGCUCUGGACUGACGGACGACGUCUCAGGUGGAUCAUUACUCAUGGGAGGGAGCGAUGCUGGCAGAUCCGAGAGCAGACACCGAGAAGAGCGCAAAUCCCGGAGCUUGUCAUCAUCAGGCGUCAGGAGAGACAGUCCCAGCCGGCAGAAGAAGCAUGACCGCUCCUCCGAGAAGAAGAAGAUGAAAAGGAGAAGAAGCUCCAGCUCUUCAUCAUCUUCAAGCUCCACUUCCACAUCCAGAGAAAAAAAGGCCAAGAAGAAAAAGAAACGACGAGAAGUUAAGAAGCUGAAGCGUGAAAAGAAGAAGGAGAAAAAGGAGAAGAAGCGUCAGAAGAAGUUGGCAUUGAAAGCUGAAAGAGCGGCAGUGACAGCUUCCGUAUCGACUCCUGUUUCUGAUGACAAACUUCAGCCGUUCCUGCAGAUCUGGAGCGAAGAAACUAAAGAACACGGCCCUGUCAUGACUGACGAACAGAAGGCCAGUUUUUGCACCAAGAGGCCGAUGACGAAGGAAGAAUACGAGGCGAGGCAGAGCGUGAUCCGCCGCGUCCUCGACCCCGAGACCGGCCGCACCAGGCUUAUAAGAGGCGAUGGGGAAGUUUUAGAAGAAAUCGUCACCAAGGAGCGACACAAAGAAAUCAACAAGAGAGCCACUCAGGGCGAUGGUGACGCCUUCCAGAAGAGAUUGGGGAUCAGCAGGUAGCGAAGUGGCUCAGUUAAGACAAGUCCUUCCCAAUCCAAAGCCUUCUGCAUUUCUACAGAGUUCUACAGUCCUUUUGUAUUCCUCUCUCUUGACUAAAUGUCAUAGAAAUGCAGUGUGCGAAUGACAUUUUGCUCUCAGACUUUCAUUUUUCAGGUUAACUACAGACUAAGUAGGAGUUGAAUAGUAGACUUCACAGGAAGUUGACAAAUGAGGUUAAUUAAGCCUAUUUAAUUUAACACGUUUUACAUAUUUGACGUUCUUCAGCAUUCUUCAGAUCAGGAAGAGACUGUAUCUCAAUUAUCUGUAAACUUUCUUAAUGGCUUAUUUAUUUGUAAAUAAUGUCAUUUUCUGUCUGAUUGUAUUCUUUGCCAUUGAAGCGCCGGUGUGAUGUGAUGACACCAGAGGACUGCUGCCACGUCAAUAAAAUAUCUUUGUGCA